CGAGCGCACGGCAGUGCCAACCAUGGUCAGCGCUUUGAGAGAACACUGUGGAAUCAACCGGGAGGGACAACAUCAAAACAUGGAAUGCGACCCAGCAACAUUGUAUCUUUCCUGUCUGCCCGAAGUUAUUUUCUACUCGACCACUGAAGAAGAGGAGGAGGGUUGUCGUUUACGAAUUGGAUUCCAGAGCACCCUCUCUCAACCUCUCUUCUUCUCUCUCUCUCUCUUUCUCUCUGUCUUUCUUCGGGUCUCCCUAUCUUCGCAUUGAAAAGUCACAGAGUGGAAAGGAUAUUUUGGUUUAUUGGAAUUAUAGUUGUUCUGAAAAUAAUUUUCUGGGAACAUCGUAUUGGAUGAGAACCUGUGAGCAUCAUGAGUACCAGUGCCUAUCAGCAGGCCUCUUUGGGCAGUGAGCGGAGCACUGGACCAAUCCGGUGCCAGCGUUGUCGGGAGGCGUGUAAGGGAGAGGUGGUACGCGUUCAGGACACACACUUCCAUGUCAAGUGUUUCACCUGCACAGUGUGUGGGUGUGACCUGGCUAGAUCUGGGUUCUAUCAGAAGAGUGGUGAGUACAUCUGUACGUCAGACUACCAGCGUCUGUACGGGACGCGCUGUGACCGCUGUGACGGACUCAUCACCGGGGAGGUGGUGUCUGCUCUGGGGAGGACCUACCACCCUACCUGCUUCGUCUGCAGUGUCUGCAGGAAGCCGUUCCCUAUCGGAGACAGAGUGACGUUCAGUGGGAAGGAUUGUGUGUGUCAGCAGUGUUCUCACACACUUGUCACCUCCAACGAACCAAUCAAGAUCCACGGACCCAGCCACUGUUCAGGGUGUGGAGAGGAUAUAAAACAGGGACAGUCUCUGCUGGCAUUGGAGAAACAGUGGCAUGUCAGCUGCUUCAAGUGUCAAACCUGCAACAUGGUCCUCACUGGGGAAUACAUCAGCAAGGACAACGUGCCGUACUGUGAGUCUGAUUACCACGCCCAGUUUGGGAUUAAGUGUGAGACGUGCAGCAGAUACAUCAGUGGACGGGUACUGGAGGCAGGGGGGAAACACUACCACCCUACCUGUGCCCGCUGUGCCCGAUGUCACAUGAUGUUCACAGAGGGAGAAGAAAUGUACCUGCAUGGUGGUGAGGUGUGGCACCCUUUGUGUAAGCAAGCAGCCAGAUCAGAGAGAAGAAUCAGGCACAGACGUCUGUCAGAGACCUCCAUCUCUCCACCGGGCUCGUCAAUUGGCUCUCCCAGUCGUGUCAUCUGUGCCAGGGUGGAGAAUGUGAUGCCAGACUAUAAGGACUUUGCCGCACUGCCUAAGGUCAAGGCCAUAUAUGAGGUCCAGCCACCUGACCUCAAAUCAUCCUACCAGCAACAGAAUCAUCCUAAUAUAUCAUCCUACCAGCCACAUAAUCAUCCUACCAUAUCAUCCUACCAGCUACAGAAUCAUCCUACCAUAUCAUCCUACCAGCAACAUAAUCAUCCUACCAUAUCAUCCUACCAGCCACAGAAUCAUCCUACCAUAUCAUCCUACCAGCCACAGAAUCGUCCUACCAUAUCAUCCUACCAGCAACAUAAUCAUCCUACCAUAUCAUCCUCCCAGCCCUACCCCAGAUACUCCUCAGAUGACAUAGAGACCUUCAGCUAUGGAGAGUCACUUGGGACUCUCUGUUCUCAGAAACUGUAUGACAGUGUAGACAUGAAACAGAGACAGUGUUCCAACCCCGGCUACAUGGACUCUCCCUUCUUCAGCCGUCAAGCCAUGUCUCCCAUCAUGCCUUGCUCACCGCAGCACUAUGGACACCCCGUGCUGGCUGCAGGCUCUGAGAGUGGCAGGAGCUCGCCCUAUUACGGCUCGCUGGAGGGACGGCCUAGUUCUUCUACCACAUACCACGCCCCCAAGCAUUUCCAUGUACCAGCCUCAGGCGAACCCAACAUCUACCACAAACCUCCCAUCUAUAAGAGAACGGCCACCAAAAGCAGGACCAGCGAAGAUCUAAUCACAUCCUCCAGACUGUCUACCUACUCUCCAGAACCCUACACACAGUCAGUGUCUGACUCCUACCCCUAUCCCAGAUCCCCUAAAGUUCUCUGUACUCCUAGAAGAAGGUACUCUACAGGAGGAGAUGAAGAGAGCUGGAGUCACAGCAGUCUUCAAAGAAUUCAGAGUGGUAUAGGGAGGAUGAUCCUAAAGGAGGAGAUGAAAGCUAGAUCUGGUUGCUAUGACAACGACCCUUGGGGCAGCACUCGGAACUCCCGCAGCGGCAGCAAGGAGACUCUCACCACUGCUAGCUACAACAGCACCGGCUACAACAGUACUGUUAAUGGCUCUCCUCGAUCCAAUUACAGCCUAGACAAUGAUUCGUACAAAUCAGCCUCUCUACCAGGAUACAGGCGGAACAGUGUCAACAGGCCCCAGAGUGCAGCCGCAGACUACUACCAACAGUAUGACAGCAGCAGUGAAGUCAACUGGGGAACCAGAGAAUACAAGGUUUACCCGUAUGAAGCGCUGAUCGUGACCACCAGGGGGCGACACAGAGUGCCUAAAGAUGUGGACAGAGCCAGACUAGAGCGUCAUCUGAGUCCCGAGGAGUUCCUACAGGUGUUUGGGAUGACCGUGGCAGAGUUUGACCGGCUGGCUCUCUGGAAGAGGAAUGAAAUGAAGAAACAGGCCCGACUCUUCUAACCAUGGAGAGAGAGAGACAAUUAGAGGAAAUUGAGAAAGAGAAACUGUUCUAAUUAAAGAAAGAUAGACUGUUAAUGACAAUAGAGAUAGAGACAGACUGUUAAUGACAACAGAGAUAGAUAGAGAGAGACAGACUGUUAAUGACAACAGAGAUAGAUAGAGAGA